AUGGCGGACACCACUCAGAGGAAUCGUCACGUCGUGUUGUUCCCCUUUCCGGCGCAGGGCCACCUCGCCGGGUUUCUCGCCCUCGCCCGUCUCCUCCGCCGCGAGCUCCAGGAUGGCGUCACGAUCACGAUCGUCUGCACCCCGCUCACCGUGGCCGCGCUGCGCUCCUCUGUGGCGGACGCAGACGCGGGGUCGUCCUCCAGCAUCAGCUUCCACGCGCUGCCGUUUGUGCCGGCCGACCACGGCCUCCCCGCCGACUGCGAGUCCACCAGCUCUCUCUCCAACCGCGGCGACUUCAUGAAGCUCUUCGAGGCCUUCGACGACUUCCUCUCGGGCUUAACUGGCGGGGUCCACAAAGGCGAGGAGAACGAGGAGCCCACCGCCGCCAACGUCUGCGUCAUCGCCGACGUGUUCGUCUCGUGGACCGUGGACGUGGCGCGCCGGCAUGGGCUCGCCCACGCCUUCUUCCUCUCGUGCGGCGCGUUCGGCUCCGUCAUCCUGCACGCUCUCUGGGCCAACAUGCCGGCGCUGCCGUUCGGCCCCGACGGGACGCUCCGGCUGCCGGAGCACCCCGCGGUCGUGAUCCACCGCUCGCAGCUGUCGCCCACUUUCACCUGCGGCGACGAGAGGUGGACGCGAGCUCGAGCCCACGGGGCUGGCCAUGCUGCGGCGCACCCUCGGCGGCGUUCCGGUAUACCCCUCGGCCCUCUGGUCCGUGGCGUCCCGGCGUCGGAUAAGGACGACGGUGGCAACGACUGGAGGAUUCUCCGCUGGCUCGACACGCAGCGGCUAUCGUCCGUCGUGUACAUCUCCUUCGGGUCACAGAACACGAUACGAGCGAACCAGAUGGCGGAGCUCGCGGCGGCGCUAGAGUCGACCGGCCGUCCGUUCGUCUGGGCGGUCCGGCCGCCGGUGGGGUUCGACGUCAAUGGCGCCUUCCGCGACGAGUGGCUGCCGGGCGGGUUCGAGGCUCGUGCGCGCGCCAGCGGCAGGGGCCUCGUGGUCCGUGGGUGGGCGCCGCAGCUCCGGAUCCUGGCGCACGCCGCCACGGGCGCGUUCCUGAGCCACUGCGGCUGGAACUCUGUGCUGGAGAGCCUCACGCACGGCGUGCCGCUCCUGGGCUGGCCGCUCGCCGCCGAGAAGUUCUACAACGUCAAGAUACUGGCGGAGGAGUGGGGGGCGUGCGUGGAGGUGGCACGCGGGAACAUGGAGAAGUCCAGGGUGGUCGAGGCGGUGGAGAAGGUGAUGGGGGACACGGCGGAGUCGGAAGCGCUGAGCAGGGCGUGGGCGGAGGAUGGCGGGUCGUCGCGGGCGGCGCUGCACGACUUCUUUAAAGCCAUGCACCUGCUGUGA